AUGACCUCUGUGAGUUCCACUGUUACAGCCGGUCGGCGAAGGACUUCUAGUUCCUCUGAUGUGAUGGCGUCGAUGACAGCUGCGAGAGCUGCAGCGACAUAUUUCGACAAAAUAGAACGUUACGAGUUGCAAGAGACACUUGCUUAUACUUCAAGCGACUGGCUGCUUUCGACUGAAGACACGAGGAUUUCUGUUGAACCGCCACGCGGACUGAUCGCCGGGAUUCAAAUCCCGAGCGAUUUCAACAACUGUUUGAUUCUUAUUCCUGAAGAAGAGGGCAUCGAGCCGUUGGAAUUGCGAGAAAUGCAUCAGAUCGUACGUGAACUGGUCACGGGAAUUUACAUUUUGAAUCAAACGCCGUCGAUUACUUUGGAAGCGAAUUACGAUUGCAGCACAUCAUGUCAAAUUCCACCAGCUUACUAUGACACGCGAAUCGGCCAGAUAUUGACAGAUGUAGAUUAUAUGAUGAAGAGUCUUUGGCACGGGGCAUACUUCCCAAAAGAUAAAAGAACUAAAUUUGCUGAGCGAUGGAGGCAGGCUGUAAAUCUAAAUACAACAACUGGAGAGCCAGAAACACGAAGAAGCUUGCAACUAGUGUGGACAGAGGCUGGUAUUUUAGAUUUGGCUAUAGAUCCUGAACUGACUGAAGCAUACAAUUCAAUCCCUGAUGAAAACAAAGAUGACCUAGAUGCUACUGAAGAGAAGAAACAUUUUAUGAAGCAUGUGGAUGAAUUAGCGCUCAAACUGACCUUAUUUCAAAACACUGUCACUCAACAUCAAAACAUAUUUUUGACAGAUGCCAAUUAUCACAUUUCAAGCAUUGUUAAGUCAGAUAAAAUUGAUCUUCAAAGUUACGAAAAGCUGCAGAGAAGGCUUGGAGUUCAUCAAGAGUUCAUCAGGAACACCCUGCUUCUCAAACCAGACAUAAAACGACAGCUAUGUCUGCUUAAAUUUAUUAGUUUCAUGGUGCCAUUUUUGAUUGCAAUCAAAAAACGUUGCAAGGUUCCAGAUGUUAACAAACUUCUUCCACCAUUUACUUUUGAAGAGUGCAAAACUGAGCGUGAAUUUCCACCUCUGAUCUUGAGACCUGAAUUCAAGUGUAAACACUUUGAUCAUUCAGAGAAAUACUUUCAUUUGCAUGGUGGAAUUUCCUUUGUCCGUGAAACCCCACCUGCUCAGAAAAUCUCUGCUGCAAUUGUUGCAGAGCAAGAAAAUCUGGAAUAUGUUGCAUCUGAUGCUUAUAACAAAAUAAUGAGCUCAGACACAGUCAUGUUGGAAAGCUACCCAAUGGCAGCAAUUGAAAUUGAUGGUAAAAGUUAUUUUGUGCUGAACAUUCACCUGGAGACCUUUUACCCUGUAUCACCAAAGCAUCCAUUGUGGAUACAUGCACAUUAUGAUGAAAUUGUAAAAUUGAAACCUAAAAGGCUUCCUGUGCAUGAGCUCCAGAUUCAUGAGCAAUUCAAAAAAAGAUAUGGCUAUCAAAGAACUGUGAAACUCAAACAGAUCCCUGCUGGGUUACAAGCAAGUGCUCAUAGAGGGCUGGUCUCAAUAUUUCAUACUAUGACUCGUAGAUUGCCACCAUCACGUCUGACAACUCAAGACUCUUCUGGUCUGUCCCUCAUUCAUCAUGCAGCCAUGUUCAACAGACCACAGAUUAUUACCAUGCUGGUAGUAAUGGGUUUUGAUGUAAAUGUGCGUCGCUACAAUAACAUUUCUUCACAAGGUGUAAGUCCGCUGCAUCUGGCAGCCAGAUGUGGUGCUUUAGACAGCCUUGUAUGCCUAGUGACAUACAAAGCUGACGUGAUGAUGUUUGACAGCCAGGGAUGGGUGUCUGUUCACUAUGCUGCCUUUUUCAAUCAUGUUGACUGCCUUCUGCAUCUAAUUCGCCAUGAACCCAAACUACUAGAACUCAAGUCCAAUGAUGACUUAGAGUCCACUCCAAUUCUUUUAGCUGCAUCCAGUGGGGCAUUAGAUGCUGUGAAAUGCCUGAUUGAGCAGGGAGCACAGUAUACCUCUAUAGACAAGGAAGGAAAUGGAGCUGUUCAUCUUGCUGCUCUUCACUUUCACACCAACACACUGAAAUAUUUUAUCAGUUGGAACAAUGAUGACAUCCCUGUGUGGGACCUCCUUGUUGGUAUGUUGAAGUCUGAUGACAUCAAGAGGAAGCAUAGUGCUGUUAAAUGCCUGGAGGUCCUGUCUCUUGCAGCAGAAAACAACUGGAAAUUCAUCCUGAUGGCAGAAGGUGUUCCAGCCCUUGUUGAUCUUCUUCGACUUGAUAAUGUGGAGCUACAAUCUCUUGCUGGAUCUGUUUUGUGCAACAUUGGAAGUCACAAUGAGGUCAGGGUAGAAGUGUCUAAAGCCAAUGCAAUUCCUGUUGUCGUCAGUCUUUUGGCAUCACCUGUUCCCAUGAUCCACUCUCGUGCUGCUGUCAUCCUUGGAGACUUAGCUUGCCUUGAUGUCAACCAAGGAAAGAUCUCGGAGGAAGGUACAGAUAUGAUGAGGGUACACAAUCCUGAAUAGUUACAGUUGAAUCAUAUUGAAUUUCAUCAACUUUCUAAUUUUUUGUUUAAACCAGAUUACAUCUUUAUGGGUAGUUAUACAAUGUACAUGUACAUGUAGGUGACAUGUGUCCUCUACAGAGAGAAGUUGUGUUAUCACUGUAUAUGUUUGUGGAGGGAAUUUUGUUUCCUGUUAGGGCUGAUAACCCUUUGAAUCCCAAGAGUGACUAGCAUCUAAUUUCUUCUUACAAUGUCACCCCUGAAUCAUGCAUAAAGGUCAUGAGAAAAAAAUUAAAUGAUCCCUAACUUAAGAUCUGAAGCUCUUGAUUGUUAAACAAAUUCUCCUUGUCAGCACCUUAGGAAAGCUAUAGAGAACAGUAUGAAGAAUAAGCAUAGUGAUAUUAGGGUGUAAAUGAACUACAUUGUACAAUCAUAGUGGGUAGGCUGAAAUAAGCUUGCUUGUUGCUUCUCAUGGAGAGUAACCAACUAUGCUUCAUCACAAGGUUUCAAGACAUUACAUUUGUUUCUUUUAGUCAUGGUCAAUCGUUCAUGUUUAAUUUGCAAGUAAAAAUGAUAUCAGAUUAGAUUGACAUCAAAUCACUUUGUUUUGUAUUUUCUUUUGAGCACUUCAUUUAUAUCACUAUUUACAAUAAUCUGUAAAAGUUUAGGGAGAAAAUAAAAAUCCGAUUGACCCUCCACACACUAACAUCAUAAUGCAUAUUCUCCCUAUUGUUCCCUGUAUGAUUAUUUCCUGAUUAGAAGUUUGUUUGAGGAUCAAGAGCUGCUUACUUUAGUUGAUGAUCAUUUUCUUUAUUCUUGUGAUCUCAAUGUGUGAUUCAGGGGAGAUAUAGUGAGGAGAAAUUAGAUGCUGGUCACUCUAGUGGUUAAUAAGGUAUUGAACAGGUGUACUUAGUAUUUGAUAUAGCAGAUUUGUAGCCCUCAAGUGGAUCUGUUUAUAUCUUAAUCUUUUAUAGGUAUUUUUUUAUGAUUUUCAGGCUUCAGCUGUGGUAUACAUGUCUUUACAUUUUUUAAAUUUUUAUUAGGUGGAAUACAAUCACUUGUUGUACUCCUGGACUCUAAACUUGAACAUGUGUUGGUGAAUUGUGUCAAUGCACUCAGGGUCUUGUGUGAUGGUAGCUAUGACAACCAGACAGCUGUAGCCCAGAGUGGAGCUGUGGACACCCUAACAGAACUUCUAAGUAAGAAAAAUCUACUGUCACUUGGUAAAUUGUUUGUAGGGAUAUGAAGCUGCAUGGUAGAUGAUAUCUACCAUGCAGCUUCAUACAAAGGAAACAGGUAUUUGAACAAGAAUACAAUCGGAGCAAUCACAUGUGCUCUGUCAGGACUGAAUAAGAAAUUGCUGUUCUCAGAAUGAUUUUGUCAGUUUCCAAAAUCUUGUGCAGUGUGGUAGUUACCAAUUUUUUAUGGGAAAUGGCAAAGUUGCUGAUCUAUUUUGUUACUGGCCUGCUGUAACAAGUACAUUCAAGAGACAGUACAUAGCAGUGGUAUACCCAUUAGAUAAGGGGGGGAGGGGGCAAGGGGGAUGUGAACAAAAGACUGUUGCCUCCAAUAGGAACAAUAAAUAGAGAAAUUCGGAAAGGGCCUUUUAACAAGAAGUGUGAGAAUUAAUUCCCUUUAACUUCUAUGAGUGACCACAACAGAAUUUCUCCUUACAGUGACCAAUACAAUAUCAAGUAGACAAGUGGUGAGAUAUUGGAAAAUUUUAAAAGGGGGAUUAUUAGUUGAUCCAUUACCAAAUACUCCAAACUAACAACAUAAGAAUUGUAUGGCAGACAGUAAGGAUAAUUACUAAUGAGAUCUUGGGAGUGAAAGGGUUAAAGAGAGAUGUUUUUCAUUUUGUAAAAACAUUGACAUGAUGAAAAUAUUUAAGUCCGUUAAUAAGACUCAAAUCACUGACCUGUAGAUUUUGCACAGCAACACUUUACCAGUGAGCCACAGGGAACUCAAUAUGGAGUGUGGCCAUUGAUAUUCAGUGUUAUCACCCUUCAGGUGCAAAGUCAAAGAACCUUCAAGCAAACACUGCAGCAUGCCUGAGUGCUCUGACUAAGGACCAUCGGGAAAACCAAGAUCUGGUUGUAGCCAAAGGAGCUGUUAAGCCACUAGUGUCUUUAGCAAAGAGUACCAAGACACUUUGCCAAGUGAAGGCUGCAAGUGCCUUAGAAUCACUUGCUACCAGUAAUCCAGAGGCACAAAAAGAGAUUGAUGCAGCAGAUGCCCAGAGACCUCUCAUUAGACUCUUGAAAAUGUGGGCCAUUGAGGUCAAAGAACAAGGUAUGCACAUUAUAUUUGUAACUUACAAUAGAAGGGUUCCUAUAGUUUGGAAAAGGCUGAAAAUGUUGAUGAUUAUAAGCCCUGUUCUUUCAGGGGGCCCCAUUGUCAUUUAUUAGAUUCUUGUUUUUAACAAGUACUGUAAUUUUACUAAUUUGGUGAUGUUAAUCACCUUUCUCUUAAUGAAUGGCAAAUUUUAAAUUAUACUGUGUUAGCAAAGUUCUUCACCACAUCUUGUGCACAGCUAACUAGAAUAUUUCACAACUACUACAUCAAAUAAAACUACUACUGUUCAUAGUGGAAGCAGAGAUGCAUUGGGUGUUCAGAGGAGUUGUACUUAAAAAGGAUUAUUUCAUUUUAAGAAUAAAUGAGAGUUACUUCAGACAAUUUCUCAGUAGUUAAAAAAAAUUAAUAACUGUAACCACGAACAAAAAAAUGAAUCAAUUUAUGAAUGAGACAACAAAUAAAUUAUGUAUUUUAUGUGUCUGUGAACACAUCACUGAUUUGGUAUUUAAAAAGUAAACCACACUUUCUAUCGGUUUGCCAGUUAACAAACCAUUUGGGAUGUUGGGAAAACACUCAAAAAGUUUGUUUACCAUUCGACUGCACCUCGUGGUUUACAAACCUUUCUCAUGUUCUCCCAACAUCCUGCGUGGUUUAGUAGCCGGUAAACCGAUAGAGAAUUGUAAUUAAUUGCUCAAAUGAGGCAACAUAUAUGUGCCAUGUCCAUAAUUUAGAUCAUUGUGUCCCCAUAUCUUAAAUGUCUUGCUGUAGUCAGACUGUGCAGGUCCAUGAGAGUUCAUCCAUUUACUGUUUAUUCUUUACAAUCAGGUGCCAGUGCUCUGUGGGCUUUAGCAGGCGUCACUCGGCAUCAGCAGCAGCGUAUUGCCAGCAUGAUUGGUAUUAACAUUCUAGUUGAUAUGCUCAUGCUGAAGUCAGAGACUCUACAGUUUAUUGCUGGCAUGGCCAUUAUUGCAUUAACCACAGAGAACAUUGAAAAUCAGAACAAGAUUGUGACUGGAGGAGGAAUACAACCUCUUGUGAGGCUCUUGAGGUCUCAGAAGACUUCUGAAAAGGUUAGUUUAAGUAACACGUCUUCCUGAUGUUGUCAAAGACAACGUGAAACAUUUUUGAAAAGCACGGGAAGGGGAAAAACCUGAGUUAGCUCUUUGCAUCCGCAUGAUAGCCAGUUCUGGGUAAUCCACCGCAAUUGCGGCAACCACUAGUUGAAAAAAAGAGUUAACAUAACUUUAUUUUUUAAUUACUCCUGAAAUUUGGUGAUAAAACAGGUGACGUCCGGUCAACUUUUUCGAUUUUCUUCAACCCGUCGAUUACCGUUGUAAAAAACGAAGACAAGAUACAAAGGAAAGCAAUGUUAACUUAACUACCAAAGUAAUGGCUCCGAAACGUUUUAGUCUCUAAGGCAAAUGUGGUUCUUUUGUAGGUUCUGUUGAUGGUGAUCCGCGUGUUGGGUAUCCUGUGUGUUGGCGUGGCUCAUCAAUCUAACAAAUCCACUCAGCUUGAAAUAACAAACGCUGAAGCUCUUGUUACUCUUGUGCAUCUCCUGCGUACCUCAAAAAAGCCGCUCAUUCAGGUAGGUUUUUAGCGCAUUUCAAUAGUAUUUUGAUCGUGUAGUCUGAUCCUCUGGGCGAGAGUAGUCCUGGGAAGUUGUCGAUGAGGGUGUCAAUCGUAUAGGCAAAACCGGUAGAUACAUUAGCCAAUCAGAAAAGGAGAAUGUCACCUGCAACCAAUGAGAAAUGAAAGGGAAAAAGGCGGGCUGCCUGAAGCGCGGGAAAACACCAAGUCGCGAUUGGUUUUUGUCCCGAGUGCGAUUUGUCGAGAAAAUGGCGCAAGUUUUCCAGACCAGUCUUCUAGAAGGGUCUUUUAAACCUAUGCAAUGGUCGACACGUAGUUGAUAAUUUUAUAGUCGUUCAGAGAGGUUUGAUAUAUUAAAGCGGAAAAAAGGCUCGAUAAACAAGGAAACGUGUCUGCGUUUACCCUGUAGGUUUAUUGCUCAACUGUGAUUGGUUGGUAAGUAAAUCUUUUAGCAAUUUUUGGUUAAUUGAUUUGGAUUUAGGGAUUUAGGAUCGGUGGAUGCUAAGCUGUUUCUAGAAUUAGCUUACUGAGGUUUUCAGAUGUUAGAAUAAGGAAAAAUGAUGCGUUUGAUUACAAUUCUUAAGAAUGGUGGACCAGCGCGUAUUUUUUUUUCCAAUGGUUAGCUUCAACAGUUAGCCUUAGUAUACUUAGAUUAUUGGCAGACUGAGACAUUUAUACCCUCAUUUCGUUCACAGGUUGAGGUGGCGAUAACGUUGGGAAAAGUCGUUCUGAAUAAUCUGCAAACCCAGAAGCUUCUGGCAGAACAGACGAAGUUUCGCGUCGUUGAGCUUCUUCACCAUCUCUCUAACAAAGAAGAAACAGUUCGCCUCAAGGCUGGCAUGGCACUCGCAACUUUCGCGUACAACAACACUUCACAGCAGUACGCCAUUAAAAACGCUGGGGGAAUCUCGCUGACGGCUUUUGAGGAAUUCUUGGGGUCUGGGAACGAACUUUACCAGGCCCACGCGGCUUUUCAGAUCAUAGUCCUGGCACGUGUGAUUGACAGUGAUCAGGUGAACCUGACAGCACGAGGUGUGGAAUUACUAGUGCGCCUGCUCAGUUCUGAUCAACAGAGUACACAGAUACUUGCCGCCAGUUUGACAGCCAGCCUCGGUCACACUCGUGCUGGUGUUCCUGCGGCACUUAUCACAGCCGGUAGGUUUACCCUUUUACCAUUAAGCGAGACUGGGUUCUAAUUUCUCUUUAUAGUGUCACCCUUAAAUCCAAUGUAAAGGUCAUGAGAAUAAAGGAAAUGAUCACCAAUUUAAGAAGUUCCUGAUUGUUAAACAAAUUCUCCUUGUCAGCAUCAUAGGAAAUGUAAAGAGAACAGUAUGGAGAAUUUGAAUUCCAAUAUUAGGGUAUGAAGGGUUAAUACUGAUACACAGUACAACGGUAAGAUAAGUCUCCCCCAUAUUGUCAUCUUUCUGUAGCAGAUUUGCAACAAUAUUGUGUAAUAUAUAUUGUGAAGUUAAUUUUGGAAUAAGUGUAGGCCUUGUUUGAAUGAAACUCGGUGAGGUACCAUUGAGUUAAAAAAAGAAAAAAUUACUGCUUGGCAUUUUCUUGCGAAAAUUUCUCACGGUCAAAAUGUUAGAAAAGUUUUUUGAAUUGUAUUGUUAGGUUAUUUUUGGUUGGAAAAUCAUGGUCAAUAUGAUUUAUGAAGUUAACAGUUACCCAAGUUUAUACCACAAGGAAACCGUUUUGAACCAUUUUAUUAUGAAAAAUCAAAUGUGAACUUUUCAAAAAUUUGUAUAUGACGAUUGAAAAUUACAUUGUAUAAACCAAAAUAUUAUCACACCAUUUUCUUUGUUUUUUUUCCUUGUACUCUUCAGGUUCAGUGGAGGCACUCCUCACCAAUCUUUCCUCACCAAACGAAGAAGUCCGCAGCAGUGCGGCGGUUGCCCUAGGGUACCUAUCGUUCGACCGCACGGCUUCCCGUCUGAUGCUGCAGGCGUGUCGUAAUACUCCAGGUCUGCUGGAGUCGCUGGUGGAUAACCUUGGUAACGGAAAGGUAUCUAUGGAGUUUAUGGACGAGUGGAGGCAGACUAAGAUGGUUGGACUGCCUUCGGCCAGGUAUGCCAUUACGUACCAUGCUGCUUUUGAUACCAAGAGUUAGGUCUGAGUUCUUAGUUCUUCAAGAAGUAACCAAAUAAGGUUGUUUUUUUUUUGUUAAGAAUACCAUGCUCAGAUCAAAUAGUCCCCUCCAAGUUUUCUUUGGUAGUUUUUGACAUGAUACAGAUAGCGAAAGUUUAUUGACACCACUGGAAAGAGCAGCAUAUAAUCAGUUAGGCUGCCAGGUUUGAGAGCGACAUGUUACUGAAAAACUAUCAAAGAUGCAAGACGCAAAGUCGCGAAGUUUUACGACGGAAAGUUUGAAUAUAUGAGAAACCUUUGCUGAAAUAAACAAUAACUUGUCGGUCUUUUUUACCCACGGAUUGAUAGCGACAGUCAUCGUGAACGCUCACGAAAUUGCUUAGAUGGACGAGAAGGACUGGAACUUUGCAGCGCACCUUUUUCGCCGCAGUCUUUUUUUUUAAGCUGUCACCUCAAUUUGAAAACUCACCAUUACUUUUACUUUCAUUUUCCUCUACGAAAGUUUGGAGAUUCACGGAGGGCCCCCGGUACCACAGAGAUUACCACCUGAAGAACGUAAGUCUGAGCUCCUAGUAGGAUGCGUUUCUCAGUCCGUUUGUAUUUUAGUCAACCUUUCAAUGAGAGCUGGAGGUUUUCAUUAUAUUUACAAAUCAAAGAGGCCAUGGCAAAACUGACAUGUAAGCCAGGAAACGCCCCCAAAAUUGUUUCCUAAUUCCUUUCAGUAAUUUAAGUCAUUGGAUUAAGUUCUAGAUAAUGGAAUAUUGUUUUGGUGAAUGCGCCUGUAGAAGGCAAUCUUAUGCUUGGUUUCAUUUCACAGCUCCAGAUGCGUCUCAGACGUUCAAUUUAUGAUGAAUUAAACGCGCCAGUCUGUAAGGAAAUAGUGCAUUUCGCCUUCAAACUAUUGUUUCGGCACUAGCACCACGACACCAAUUUAUCUGAUCCAAGUAUAUCUCCCAAAGAAACGCUGUGCACACUUGUCACUGUUUCUGUUAUUGUUUGGGUUUGUUUUACUGUUAAAUCUCCUGAUCAGACCGUUUGCAUAGAGGUUGUUAGAAAAGAGAUUUUGCACCUGAGAAAAUGCAUUGGUGCUCCUCUGUAGCGAACUUUGUGAAACAAGAUACAGAUUGAGGCCUCCUGUACUUUGCUGUAUCGGGGUUUUACUCCAUAGCCAAAAAUUAUUGUACAAAUGUCUGAAAAACGUACUCUUUUUCCUUUAGGAAAACGUAGACCUCGCACAACUCAAAGCAUGGGCUCUUUCCGACGUCUUCGCCAGCAAGACAUGAAAAGAGUGGCCUCAGCACCAGUGGUUGUAAACAGCUAUCGUAAUCAAGUAAAGGCUGGCAUUGUCAAAGCCAUGUUGCCUCGCUCUGAGUCGUCGCACAUGAGAAGCGCUUUUGGAGCAGCAGAGAUGUGGCGAUCCAAACUACUAACAUCCAGGCCUUCGCUUGAAAAAGGAUUAUCCAGUAAGAAUUCUUGACCACAUACGGAACUUAAAUGACAACUGGAUGACAGGAAUAAUUGCUGCUGUGGCCGCCGUUAUCGCAGUUGUCAGACAGUGCCUGUGCACAAGACAUAGAUUCGUUGUCAUGGCAUUUGCAAAAUACAACUUUCCCGUUUUCGUAAAUUCUUUUAGACAGAAGUUUUGCCUGGGGUGUAUGAAGAUAAUUUGCACCAAAAGCUGAUAUUUAGACCCCCUCCCCCCACCUUAUAGGUAAUUUUAAGUCUUUUUCAUCACGCACAAGUUAAAUUGCUAGCUCAAAGAUUGAAUGUUAAAGUCAAGAUAAAUUUAUCUCAUUAGUAUCUCGCCAAAUACAAUCUAGGCCGAUUGUCAUCACAAAUGUCCUUUGUCUGCCACUGUCAUGCUCUACCAACCCUGCCCAUGCUUCCAAAAUCCAAGGCAGCAACCAACCAUUUCACAAAUAAAAAUCAAACGCUUGCACGCGCGAAAAACGUACAUGCUGGGAGGCUACUACAAGUUUUCACGACCCUUCCAGGGUUCGUGAUUGACGUGGCAACUUUUCAUAAACUCUUGAUUACGUCGGAGUAUAUCGCUGUCUUUUUUUUAUAUUUUACCCAACAUUGUUUAUGCCUUGCCGUAUUUUAUUUACUG